ACGUGUUGAAGGAAAUGUGUCCAAACAAACUGGCUAAGCUCGGCUUAGCUCCAAAUAAAAGUUAUAAUAAUGUCCUACUCGUGAUAAUUUCGCGAUUAGUGAAUUGUUAAAAAAACAUCCAAACCAUGGAUAUGUUUAAUAAAUUGACGUCUCUUUUCCAGCAGGCCCUGGAAACUAGAGAGCCUUCAGUAAAUCUGCUGGACUCCUUCAUCGAUCACUGGAAAGGAAUAACUAACUACUACAUUGAAACCACAGAUGAGACACAGCCGGUCAAGCAGACGGACAUCCCGUGGAGGCUAAAGCAGAUGCUGGACAUUCUGGUGUAUGAGGAGAGACAGCAGGAGGUGGAGGAGACGGGGCCCUGCAUGGAGUACCUGCUCCAGCACAAACUGCUAGAGACACUGUGCACGCUGGGAAAGGCUCAGUAUCCUCCUGGAAUGAGCCAGCAGGUCCUGCUGUUUUUCUCCAAACUCCUGGGACAGAUCCAGAAGCCCAUGCUGCAUGUGAUUAACGUGUAUCGACCUGUACAGAAGCUGAUUUGUCUGUGUGGGCUCCCUGACUCACAGACAGAGAAGGAGGAGUCGCUGUUCCUCUUUUCCAUUUGUUCUCGUGUGAAGAAAGACCCGUACGUCCUCAACUACAUCCUAGAUACUAAUAAAGACGCCCGGCCUCAGAGAUGUAGCUCUGUGUCUGAGGAAGGUGUAGAAGGAGCAUGUGGAGGAUCUGCUCCAGAGAACUCAGCUUCUCGGUCCACGCAGAGCUCCAGCCGGCCAGACACGGGUUUUAUCCAGAUUCUCGUGCAGCUUGGGAGAAGCCAGAAAAGCCGUGUGGCCUUGCGUGCGAAGGAGAGCAUGCUGCUCCUUACCAGCAUUCCUCAGGAGGACAUAGCCAAGCUUCUGGCAGAGCAGACUCCACUGUGUGACCUUCUGGCACAGACGGCAUGUGAGCUCUACAGUACAAUCCCCAUCACGCUCCAUCCUGAGGAUAUACACAACUACACCUUAAAACACUGGAGAACUCCAUUAUCUCCAGCCACCGUGGAGGAAAGCCAGUCGUUUCCAGGGCAGGAGCACAUGGACAGGUUCUUCUGCUGGCUCGACUACUGUGACCAGCUCAUUAAAGAGGCACCAGAGGUGCUUGCUGUUAAACUUGCCAGAGCUCUUCACCAGCAGUGGCUUACUGGAAUCGUUCAGCCUCAGCUGCUACAGAUGUCAGAGGUUGGCGUUCUGGUCCACACGGCUCUCCUGUCACGCUGCGUCCAUUACACACAGUCCGCCGUCCUGCUGCAGGAGCUGACGCACCUCCUGCUGGGUGAUGACACGCACCGGGAGCAGCCGACCGACACGCCCCCACACACACACGAGCUACGCUACCAUCUCAUCAAGCACUGCGACCACAUCUCAGAUGAGAUUAGCAUCACUACGUUACGGCUGUUCGAGGAGCUCCUGAAGAAGCCCGACAAACACAUCCUGACCAACCUGGUACUGCGGAACCUCGAGAGCCGCUCCUAUAGGGUGCCGGGUUCAGGGGGCGCUGAAGAGAGAUCAGGAAAUGAUACCGAAUUCAUGGAAGAGUCCGAAGAGAUGGAGGAAGAUCCUUUCUUCACAGACAGUGAGUUCAGUGGCUCCGAGCAUUUCCUAACCUUGUCCAGGGAAGACAGGAAGUCCAGCACGCACACACAGAUAGCUGAAACUGUUAACAGCUUCCUGUGUUUAGUUCCCCAAGAGGCAAAAACGUCCCAGCAUGUACAGGGAGCAGGACAUGACACGUACGUCCACGAUGCUCUGAUAUCGCUGAAAGAGUGUUCGGCUGUUUCUGCGGACUGGGGUUGGCCCGAUGCUCCGAAACCUCCUGAAGUCCACUCCAGCAGUGCAGACUUCUACGAAGGCCACUUCCUCAAAGUGCUCUUAGACAGAAUCGCACGCAUCCUUGAGCAGCCGUAUGAGCUGAACCUGCAGGUGACGUCGGUGCUGUCUCAGCUGGCCGUGUUUCCUCACCCUCAUCUUCACGAGUACCUGCUGGACCCUUACAUCAGCCUGAGCCCCAGAGCUCGCUCGCUCUUCUCUACACUCGUCCGUGUGAUCGGCGAGCUGAUGCAGAGGAUCCAGCACAUCCCAGACUUCACCCAGAGACUCAUCUCCGUCAGGAAACAGCUCAUAGGCCUCGAGGAGGAGACUGUAGCGGAUCACUGCACCCUGUUGAAGGGCGUGAUCGUACUGGAGGAGUUCUGUAAGGAGCUGGCAGCCAUCGCCUUCGUCAAACUCCCUGUGGUCGAUCAGGAGCAUCUCCCAGCACCGUAAAUAAACACAGAAACUUCAGGUGCUUCAGAGUUCACACGUGUUUGCACAGAGGAAAUGCGAGACUGUCACUGCAGGGUACGAUACACUGGCAUGGGUCACUUUCCGCCCACACAGGUACAGUAAGGGUCAGUACUGAUGCAGGUCACAUGGUUGGGGGUUUCAACCUUCCCUUUCGAGACAUGCAGUGAGAAUCGACUGGGUGAACAAUGAUAAUUAAUGACUUAACAUCAGAGAAAAAUGUUUAAAGUGAUGAAGGUGAGUUCUUCCUCAGUCACUACACAAACACUAAAACUGAAAAAAUGUCUCUAAAGAUAUUUAUAUAUCCAUCGGAAUGUUAUAAAGAUGCAGUGGCCUUAUUUAGUAUUUAUAUGGUGUAUUUUUAUACACAGGAGUCAAUACUCUUAUUUUUAGUCAGAUAAGUUUUAAAAACUAUUUUCAACCAAAAUUGAAGUUCUUCUGCUUUGAUAAAAUCUUUUAAUGCAUGUUAUUUUUAUAGAAACUGGUAGAGUCAAGUUAAACCUCGCUGCUGAACCUAACGUCCAAAAGGGUGGAGCUGGACCUGAUCCAACCAGCUCCACCCACUGGACUUCUGAUUCAAGUCUGCCCAGGCCUAGGUGGGAGGAGCUAGAUUCAGUCUGACUCCACCCCUUGUUUUUUUAAAUCAAAUCUUCCCUGGUGAGCUGAGUUGGAUCAGGUCUAACUCCACCCCCUGGAUUUUUUAUUCAAAUCUGCCUAGGUAAGAGUAGCUGGAUCAGGUGUAACUCCACCCCUUGAUUUAUUUUAUUCAAAUCUGCCCAGGUAGGAGCUGGAUCUGGUCUAACUCCACCCCUUGAUUUAUUUUAUUCAAAUCUGCCCAGGUAGGAGCUGGAUCUGGUCUAACUCCACCCCCUGGAUUUUUUAUUCAAAUCUGUCCAGGUAGGAGGAGUUAGAUCAGGUCAAACUCCACCUCCUGGAUUUUUUAUUCAAAUCUAAACAGGUAGAAGGAGCUGGAUCAGUACUAAUCCCACCCCCUUUGAUUUUUGAUUCAAAUCUGCCCAGGUAGGCAGAGCUGGAUCGGGUCUAACUCCACCCCCUGGACUUUUGGUUCUGCAGAAGGGGUACUUGGCAUAGUUAGCUGGAUUGGAGCAUUAAUAUAGUCUGGUAGAGAAGAUCACCUUUAUCUGUACAUGUCAUGAAACGGAGAAUAUUAAACAUACGCUCAUCGUGAGUUACAUAAAAUAUAUACGCAUAAUCAGCUGCUCUACUUCUGAGCCUAAUCCCAAAGAGCGCAAAAUGGGCACGGGUAGCGACGGUAUCGAAUCCUAGUGCUCAUGCUCACAUUUUGCACAUUAAAUAUUAAGAUAUAUAUUAAAUUAACCUGAGUUUGGAGGAUCCUGAGCUAUCACACAUCUCUCAUUUCAUCUUUCUUACUCCAUUUUGUUCUCCUCAUCAAGUUUCCCAUAGUGAUCGCCUUUAAUUAUCACCUUUAACACGUAUUUAAUGAUUUAGCUGAUCAUUUCUCAGUGACAUGUUUAGGAGACUCGAGCCUUUUCUGCACAUUAGUCUUAUAUUAUUAUUUAUAUCAUAAUGAUAACAUAUUGUAGGCUUUGAAAUCUGUAUGGAAAAAGACUUUAAGUGUGAUACGUUUGCAUGUGGACGUUUAUUAAUAUUUGUUUUAAUUGCUGAACCAGACAGUAAAAAUCUGCAGAUGUUUCUGUAUGUAUAUUCCUAAAGUAGUCUCAGUCCUUAUGGCUGUGAUGUAAACUCUGAUAUUCUCAGACUCUGUGUGGCUUCAUGCACAGGUUCAUGUGUGUGUUUUGUUCCUUCGAUGAAUUCAGUGUUUCUUGUUGAAGGACUGGACGCGUAAAUCUGAUCUGUG